AUGCAUGGAGGAAAACUACAAAACCCUUCUGUUCUCACUAAGCGAGCAAGAGAAUUCUUGAUCGAGUACAAGGACAAACAAGCUCUGCUUGCUACGUCGGUGUCUACGGAGUCUGUCCAGCAGUGGAGACCACCCACAGGUUCGGUGUUCAAACUAAAUUUCGAUGCCGCAAUUUUUGUGAACAAGAACUCGUCUGGUGUGGGCGCCAUUAUCCGAAACUGCAGGGGAGAGGUGAUGGUUGGACUGUCUGCUCGAGGUCCGUCUGUGGUUAGCAGUGAGGAAGCUGAAGUGCUAGCGUGCAGAAAAGCUCUUGAGUUCGCUCUUGACUCGGGGUUCUCGGACCUGGUGGUUGAGGGAGACAACGUCACGGUAAUGAAAGCCAUUGUCUCUCCUCAUCUGAAUAGGUCUAGACUAGCACACAUUUAUGAUGAUAUUAGCACUUUAGCGUCGGGUUUUAGGAGUUUCUCUGUGAAUUGUAUUAAGCGGAAUGCCAACGCUGUUGCACAUUGCUUGGCCCGUUAUGCCAGUCAGUUAGUUAAAGAUGUGGUUUGGAUGGAAGAGUCUCCUCCACCAGCACUGCAGGCUUUGUACUCGGAUUUAUCUUUCUUGAAUGAAUGA